AUGAGUCCAGAAUCCAGCAGAUAUGAAGUCUGGGUUAAACAAAGACAUCACUGCUAUCACUCCCGCUUCAACGCCACCAUUCCCGACUUCACUGCCAUCACUCACGACUUCACCGCCAUCACCCCCGACCUCACCACCAUAUCUCCCGACUUCUCCGCCUCGACUUCAUCGCCAUCACUAACGAUUUCACAACCAUCACUCCCGACGUCACCGCCUCCACCAAAGACGUCACUGCUAAAACCCCCGAUGUCACUGCCAAAACCCGGCGUAACCGCUAAAACCCCGACGUCACGCCCAACCGACGUCACGCCCAAACCGACGUCACUACCACAACUCCGACGUCACCGCCAAAAUCCCCGACGUUACGCCAAACCCGACCACCGCCAAAACCCCCGACGUCACCGCCAAAACCCCGACGUCACGACGACGUCACCGCCAAACCCCGACGCCACCGCUAAAACUCCCGACGUCACCACAAACCCCGACGUCACCGCCAAAACCCCCGACGUCACCGCCAAAACCCCCGACUUCACCGCCAAAACUCCGACGUCACCGCCAAAACCCCGACGACACCGCCAAACCCCCGACGCCACAGCCAAAACCCCGACGCCACCGCCAAAACUCCCGACGUCACCGCCAAAACCCCCGACGUCACCGCCAAAACCCGACUUCACCGCCAAAACCCCCGACGUCACCGCCAAAACCCCCGACGACACCGCCAAAACUCCCGACGUCACCGCCAAAACCCCCCGACAACACCUCCACACCCCCGACGCCACCGCUAAAACUCCUGACACGUCACCGCCAUCUUUCCGACCUCACUGGCAUCACUGCCGACGUCACCGCCAUCACCCGCCAUCACUUCGACAUCACCGCCAUCACUCCCGUCACCACCAAUACUGCCAUCACCCCCCGUCCACCGCCAUCACCCCCUACGUCACCGCCAUCACCCCUACUUCACCGCCAUCACCCCCGACGUCACCGCCAUCACUCCCGACGUCACCGCCAUCAUUAUCAUCCCGCGACAUCCGCCAUCACUCCGACGUCACCACCAAUACUACUGCCAUCAUUCGUCACCGCCAUCACCCCCUACGUCACCGCCAUCACCCCGACUUCACCGCCAUCACUCCCGACUUCACCGCCAUCUCCGACGUCACCGCCAUCACUAUACCCUACGUCACCGCCAUCUCCCGACUUCCCAUCACUCGACUUCUCAUCCUCCGACGUCACCUAUCCCCUCACGUCGCCAUCAUCGCCGUCACCGCCAUCACUCCGGCUUCACCGCCACUCCGACGUCACCGCCAUCACCUACGUCACCGCCAUCACUCGGCUUCACCGCCCUCCUCGACCACCGCCAUCCUCCCGACGUCACCGCCAUCACCCCUACGUCCGCCAUCACUCGACUACCGCCAUCACCCCUACGUCACCGCCAUCCUCCCGACGUCACCGCAACACCUGCCAUCCUCUGGACGUCACCGCCAUCAUCCCACGUCUGCCAUCACUGACUUCACCGCCAUCCUCCCGACGUCACCGCCCACCCCUACGUCACCGCCAUCAUCCCCUGCGUCAGCCAUCACUCCCGACUUCACCGCCAUCACUCCCGACGUCACCGCAACACUACUGCCAUCACUCUGGACGUCACCGCCAUCAUCCAUACGUCACCGCCAUCCUCCCGACUUCACCGCCAUCACUCCCGACGUCACCGCCAUCACCCCUCGUCACCCGCCAUCACUUGUCACCGCCAUCCUCCCGACGUCACCGCCAUCACUACUGCCAUCACCUCCUCCGUCACCGUCAAUCCCGACGUCACCGCCAUCACUCGUCACCGCCAUCACCCGACUUCCGCCAUCCCCGACUACCGCCAUCCUCCCGACGUCACCUGCCAUCAUUGACGUCACCGCCAUCACCCGACGUCACCGCCAACACCCCGACACCGCCAACACGCCUCGCCAGCCCGACUGCUCCAUCAAUCCGGCGUCACCGCCAACACUAAUGCCAUCAUUCCCGCGUCAGCAAACCCCGACGUCACCGCCAACACUCCCGACGUCACCGCCAUCACUCCCGACGUCACCGCAACCUCCCGACGUCACCGCCAACACUCCCGUCACCUGCUCCCCGACGUCAGCCAACACUCUGACUUCACCGCCAUCGAUCCCGACGUCACAUCACUCUGCCAUCCUCUCCGUCACCGCCAUCAAUCCCGACGUCUCCAUCUCUCCCGACGUCACCGGCAUCACUCCUGACGUCUGCCAACUCGACUUCACUCGUCACCCCGUCACCUGA